CUUAUGGUCCAUGAGGGAGGCAUCACUGUAAACAAUGGCUGAGGUGAACUACAACAACAUUGGUGAAGAACUCGAAAAACAAGAGUUAGAUGCUCCUAAUGGGGUUCCUCCAGCACAUGUAUACGAACAGCUUCUCACAAUCUAUCUGCUACAGAAUGAUUUAACUGGAGCCAAAUUCCUGUGGAAGCGUAUCCCGUCCAGUACUAAGAGCGCCACGCCAGAACUAGCCCGGAUAUGGCAAGUUGGUCAGCAUCUAUGGCAGCGUGACCUACCUGCUGUUUAUGCCGCCCUAAAACGAGAAUGGUCGCCUACGGUCAAGGAUAUCAUGAAAGCUGUGCAAGAUCACGUGCGUCAGAGAGCGGUUGAACUUGUCGGGCGAGCAUACACGUCCAUCAGCGCUGACGACUUUGCUCAGUUGGUCGGUAUGAGUGUCGACGAGGCAGUGGUAGCGGCGAAAGGACACGGCUGGGGAUACGACGAGCCCACACGUAUGAUCCUGCCCAUGCCACAAGCCCCACAGCCUCACACCCCUACGCCUUCAGAAGAACAACUACGCAGACUCGCAGAUUACGUUUCCUUCCUGGAAAAUUAACUUAUAAAUAAAGGAUUAAAAACAUUGCUUUAUUGAAUUCUUUUGUUAUUUAUCGUCACAUUUUGAUAUAAUGUUUUGCCAAAGAAUUAUAUUAUCCAAUAGUACACUGAUCACCGAUUAAUGUUUUGUAUCUCAUUCCUUGAUUAUGUUUUUCUUGUUUGCAAUAAACAGCUGUGUAACAUUAAAGAAUUAAAUUUACGAGAUUUAAAUACCAGAUUGUUGAUGAAUAUGUUUGUGCUUUGCCUUCAAGUUUUUUUCUUCAGUGUGAUAUACAGUGCACUAGAAAGUUCUUUUUAAUGUACAAAUAAGAUGAGCCAUUUUCUUAUUUAACCAACUGAUAAAAUUGACCAGCACAGCAAUCACUGAGCUGGUUAAAAUAGUUCCUGGGAAGAGAACUUAUCUGUUAACUGAUACAACACCUUCAGCUUAAUUUAAAGAUUUAGCAUAAAUGAUUCAUUACUUCAUUCAUAUUUGCUAUACGUUGUCCUGUUGAAGAUUUAUAGUAAUGUUACCCCCCCCUGCUAACUAAACAUGUACUGUACUCAGCUACUACUCACAAUAUUGAAUUUAAUCGUGAACUUUGAAUUCAUUACCAGUUUAAUGUCGAGUUCUGAAGUGUUUAUAGUAUAUCUGAUAAACAAGCCAUUUUAUAAUUAAAGAGGAAUUGGCACAUUAAGAGAUAUCAAGGAAAAUACUGUUACUGUAAAUAAACUUAUCUGAAUUAAACAUAGAAAGUAUUGGA